AUGAAUCACGCGGACGCGGGGUUUGAUGCGGACCCCCGUUGCACGGAACUGGAGACGCUUGAAGCCAUUUAUCCAGAGAUGCGGCAAUCCCAGAACCCUGGUCUCGGAGCAAGCGGGAUUGAGUCUCGCUUUUGUUUUGAGCUGGAACUUCCGGUUGAACCGGCGCAGCCCGUAACCGUCGUCUUCCCAGCCGCAUCAUCUGCUUCGCAUGCGCCUCGUGAUGAACGGGCUCCUGUUGGCGAGGGAUCAGCAGCAGCAGCAGCAGGUUUGGCGGAAACAGGCGCUUCCGCCGAGCCGCUCGAUUCGCUCUUGGUUUCUCAUCUUCCUCCGCUGUCCCUGAGAUUCACGCUUCCGGACGGGUACCCCUACGAGAAGCCACCGCAGGUUGCCAUUUCCACCACCCCUCCAUGGCUCGCGAGCCGGACGUUGCGGGCGUUGGAAGACGAUGGACCGCGGCUGUGGGAGGAAGCGGGGAGGGACAUGGUAGCUUUCACAUACAUCGACCAUGUUCAACGAGAAGCCGACAAUGUGUUUGGGAUGAUUGGCUCUGGAGGCGCAUUGGAGGUGGAUUCGGAGCACAAGCUGGCCGUGCUGGACUUCGACAUGAAUGCCAAGAAGGCGGCUUUUGAGAAGGAAACGUUUGAGUGUGGGAUAUGCCUGGACCCCAAAAAGGGCUCAAGAUGCCACAGAAUGAUGGAUUGCGGCCAUAUAUUCUGUCUUGGAUGCCUGCAGGACUUUUACGCCAACGCCAUAAAGGAGGGAGUUCUGGCUGCAGUGCGGUGCGCUGCACCUCAGUGUGCGAGGGAGCGGGCGUCCGACUCGGCGGCAAAGGCAAAAUCUCCGUCCAAGGCAGCCAUCAGCCCCAGCGAACUGCUCCAAAUCGGUCUCUCCGAGGACAUGGUCAAGCGAUACGUCACUCUGAAAUACAAGACUGAGCUUGAAGCCGACAAGGAUACAGUCUACUGCCCUCGACAAUGGUGCAACGGGGCGGCACGGUCCAAGAGGCACAAGAAACCAGAAGGCCUCCAGUUUGCACAAUCAUCCGGUGGCGACGACGGCCAGGAUGACGACGGCGGCGGCGACGGCGGCGACGGCGACGACGCGGAGCAUGGUGAUGGAAUAGACGAGAGGGCAGCUGGGCAGAGGAAGCAAAAGGAGGGCCAAAAAAAGUUUGACCCGGCCGAUCUGCUCUGCAUCUGCGAGGAGUGCGGGUUUGCGUUUUGCAGCCGCUGCUUGCAAACAUGGCACGGCGAGUUUGUUCGCUGCGCGCCCAAGCGGAACGGGGACGAGCUCAGCGAGGAGGAGAAGGCAUCGUUGGAAUACAUGCAGCUGCACACGAGUCCCUGCCCGACGUGCAACGCGCCCGCGCAAAAGACACACGGCUGCAACCACAUGAUCUGCUCGCGGUGCGACACGCACUUCUGCUACCUGUGCUCGUCGUGGCUGGACCCUGGGAACCCGUACAAGCACUACAAUCAGCAAGCCGACGGCAAGGUGACGUCCUGCUACAUGAGGCUGUGGGAGCUGGAGGGCGGCGAUGGAGAUGACGUGGGGCUGGGAUUCGUAGGCGGUGGUGGGCCACGGGGGGGCGAAGCAGGCGGCGGCGAUGGCGAUGGCGAUGGCGAGGGUGAUGGCAACGGCAACGGCAACGGCAACGGCAAUGGUGAGGUCGACGGCCAUGGCGACGACGACGAAGCCGACGUAGCCGACAACUCCGCCGACGAAGACGCUGAGCAGCCAAACGCCAACGUGGCCGCAGCGCUCGAAGCACCGCUCGUUCUCCGACUGAUGGGCAACCAAGCCCGUCGUGGCCAGCAGGGUCCCGGAGGCAGAAGGCGAGGCGACGGCGCACGUGAAAGGGGUCAGCGCGCACCGCCGGCCCGAGCGCAGGGACAGCAGCAGCAGCAGCAGCAGCAGCAGCAGCAGCGUCGUCGUCUUCGUCGUCGUCGAGGACAAAGAGCAGCCGGCGGAGCAGCGCGCGGGCCGCAGGGCCACCCGGCAGGCCAGCAGCCGGCGCAGCCUGACGGCGGUGGCCUGGACGCCGCGCAAGAAGCCUGGGUCAGGCGCUUCGUGCGGAUGGCGCUGGUGGAUGCCGAAGACCAAGUGCCAGGCGGAGAGUCCGACUCGGACGACGGGAACUGGCGGAUCCGGUGA